AUGCGGUCUUACCAGGCGCCUCCCAAAGCCGAUGGGCACACCGUCCGCAGGCCAGCGGCACUGGGCCGGGCCUGGGAGCAGGUGCUGCACCUGAGGUGGGUGUGGAAGCGGCAGCAUCGAGGAGAGAUCUGUCUUGUCCCCACAGCCUCCGGGAGCAGUGGGGGCCUGGAGAUUGAGCUCAAUCGCCAGUGGCAAACAGGUACUCCGGGGGACCACGCCUGUCUCAGCUGUGCCAGCACCGUGGGGUGGAUCAGCCGCCUGUGGCCCCCGGCCCCAGCGGGCCUGCUGCUCCCCCAGCCGCAGCUCCCGCCAGCGCGCUGCUGGCACUCCUCCCCCGCGCUGUGCGACGACUCAGUGGUGGAGAAGUCGCUCAAGUCCCUCAAGGACAAGAACAAGAAGCUGGAGGAGGGCGGGCCGGUGUACAGCCCCCCCGCGGAGGUGGUGGUGAAGAAGUCCCUGGGGCAGCGGGUGCUGGACGAGCUGAAGCACUACUACCACGGCUUCCGCCUGCUCUGGAUCGACACCAAGAUCGCGGGGACAAGGGGCAGCCUCCAGCCCUCAGGGCCUUGGAACCCGAGGAAAGGCCCUGGAGUGUCCUUCCCUGAAGGCUGA